CUGUAGCUUGAUCGCUCACAGCAAGCAACAAGCGAGCCUAGCUGCUGUGUGGAGUGAGGUGAGAGUGCAGACUAGCUGAUCCGCUGUGCCGCCGGUUACAGAUACGAGCGACGACGACGACGACGGCUGGUGUGGUACAUGGUGAGCUAGAGAGAGAUUAAUUGUUGAUUUGUUGGUGCUGGUAGAUCUGAGCUAGCUCCGUCCGCCCGCGGGUGUUUCAUGGUGGAUCUCUAGCUAGCUACGUGCCUAGCUAGGGUUUGUGGUAGUUGCAAACUUGCAAUUAGCUAGCUAGCUAGCUGGCUGGCUGGCUAUAUCUCUCUCCUGGUCUGUGACGUGUUAGCAGCUUUGUAUGCCCUGAGGGAUGAUGAUCCCUGGCCGGAACCUCUCGCCGGCGAUGAUCGGCCGGCCCAACGGCGGCGGCGUCGCUUAUGCUUCCUCUUCAUCGGCGCUCUCCCUCGGCCAGAGCUUACUGGAUGGACACCACCAUCAGCUGCCAAUGCCAUCAGUGCUGCAGCAGCACCAUCACAAUGGGCAGCAUUUGCUUGAUCAUCAGCACCAGCAGCUUCCCCCACAGGCGACGACGACGAGCGAAAGCGACGCUCGCGCCCCUCGCGACGAGCUGGAGAUGAGCAAGUCCGGCGGCAGUGACAACCUCGAGAGCGGCGGUGGCGGCGGCGGAGGUGGUGGCUCCGGUGAGGAUCAGGACCCCAACCAGCGCCCUCGCAAGAAGCGGUACCACCGCCACACCCAGCACCAGAUCCAGGAGCUCGAGGCCUUCUUCAAGGAGUGCCCCCACCCUGAUGACAAGCAGCGCAAGGAGCUCAGCCGCGAGCUUGGCCUCGAGCCUCUCCAGGUCAAGUUCUGGUUCCAGAACAAGCGCACCCAGAUGAAGACGCAGCAUGAGAGGCACGAGAACAAUGCGCUGCGCGCCGAGAACGAGAAGCUAAGGGCGGAGAACAUGAGGUACAAGGAGGCGCUUGCCAACGCGUCGUGCCCAAACUGCGGCGGCCCGGCCGCCAUUGGUGAGAUGUCGUUCGACGAGCACCAUCUCCGGCUUGAGAACGCGCGCCUCCGUGACGAGAUCGACAGGAUCUCCGCCAUCGCUGCCAAGUACGUCGGCAAGCCGGCCGGGGCCGUGGCGGCUGCCUACCCGCCGCUGCCGCCGUCGAACAGGUCGCCGCUCGAUCACAUGGGCAUGCCCGGCGCCGGCGCGGACGUGUUCGGCGCUGACUUCGACAAGCCGCUGGUUAUUGAGCUCGCCGUGGCCGCCAUGGAGGAGCUCGUCCGGAUGGCGCAGCUCGGCGAGCCGCUCUGGACGCCGGCGCUCAGCGGCGAGGCGCUCGGCGAGGAGGAGUACACGCGCGCGUUCCCGCGUGGGCUCGGCCCCAAGUCGCCGGAGCUGAGGUCGGAGGCGUCGAGGGAGACAGCGGUGGUGAUCAUGAACCACGUCAGCCUCGUGGAGAUGCUCAUGGACGUCGGGCAGUGGACGGCGCUCUUCUCGAGCAUCGUGUCGCGCGCGGCCACGCUGGAGGUGCUCUCCACGGGCGUCGCCGGCAACCACAACGGCGCGCUGCAGCUCAUGUCCGCCGAGUUCCAGAUGCCGUCGCCACUAGUGCCGACGAGGGAGAGCCAGUUCCUGCGCUACUGCAAGCAGCACCCCGACGGCACGUGGGCCGUCGUCGACGUCUCCCUCGACGGGCUCCGCUCCGGCGGCUGCCCGCCUGCGGUGCGCGGCCACCGGCGCCGCCCCUCCGGCUGCCUGAUCCAGGAGAUGCCGAACGGCUACUCGAAGGUGACGUGGGUGGAGCACGUGGAGGCCGACGACCAGAUGGUGCACAACCUGUACAAGCCGGUGGUGAACUCCGGGAUGGCGUUCGGGGCGCGGCGGUGGGUGGCGACGCUGGAGCGGCAGUGCGAGCGGCUGGCGAGCGCGAUGGCGAGCAACGUGGCCUCGUCGGGCGACGCCGGCGUCAUCACGACGUCGGAGGGGAGGCGGAGCAUGCUGAAGCUGGCGGAGCGGAUGGUGGCCAGCUUCUGCGGCGGCGUCACGGCGUCCACGACGCACCAGUGGACGACGCUCUCCGGCAGCGGCGCUGAGGACGUCCGCGUCAUGACCCGCAAGAGCGUCGACGACCCCGGCCGCCCCCCCGGCAUCAUCCUCAACGCCGCCACCUCCUUCUGGCUCCCCGUCCCCCCCUCCCGCGUCUUCGACUUCCUCCGCGACGACUCCACCCGCAGCGAGUGGGACAUCCUCUCCAACGGCGGCGUCGUCCAGGAGAUGGCCCACAUCGCCAACGGCCGCGACCACGGCAACGCCGUCUCCCUCCUCCGCGUCAACAACGCCAACUCGAACCAGAGCAACAUGCUGAUACUGCAGGAGUGCUGCACCGACGCGACGGGGUCGUACGUCAUCUACGCGCCGGUGGACGUGGUGGCGAUGAACGUGGUGCUCAACGGCGGCGACCCGGACUACGUGGCGCUGCUGCCGUCGGGGUUCGCCAUCCUGCCCGACGGCCCGGCCGACGGCGCCGCCGGCGGGUCGCUGCUCACCGUGGCGUUCCAGAUACUGGUCGACUCCGUGCCGACCGCCAAGCUGUCCCUCGGCUCCGUCGCCACCGUCAACAGCCUCAUCGCCUGCACCGUCGAGCGCAUCAAGGCCGCCAUCGCCGGCGAGAAUGCCGUCGCGCCCUGCCCCCUGUGACCGCCGCGGCGCGCCCAUCUAUCCAUCCGUCCAUCAUGUGCAAUGGAGAUCAAGGGAGGGAUCAAGAGCGAAUUCGGAGGUUUAGCAUGUGGGGAGUCAAGAACGCACCGCAGGCUACUGUCCUGGCAAAGUGUUGCUGCUGCUUCAUCAGUUAGCUAGUUUAUUUAUCUAAAAAAUUCACCAUUACCAUCACCCAAAAAACACACCACAAAAUCAUGAGUAAAUCUUGAUUAUCCAACACGGCAGCAACACAACUUAGGUCCUAUGAUCAUGGCUGAUAAUAUAUACUACAUAUUUAUACAGUGAUAUGUCAUAGGCUCUGAGUUGUGUUGCUCUCAAAUUCCUACUCAUCAUCAUCAUCCAAAUUAGAUUUGCUUCAGUGUUCAGACAAACACAUUGCAUCCAUCCAUGCAUCCACCUCUUGUUCGAUUAGGUCCAGGUUAGUUUCAGUUCAAAAGUUAAUCACUCACCUGCAUUUACAUGGCUCAUCAACAGGUCAUCAGAGAGUUAAUUAAUUCAGAAGCAAGCAGGCAAAAGCAACACUUUGCAAGAACGGUUGGUUGGUUCGGGUAUUGACUCCUCUUUCUCUCUCCGGGUUGCCACUCUCUCUCUAGGCCUCCUCUCCUUCCUCUUCCAAGGAUAUAUGCAUGAUUUAUUUCAUCAUCAGCUGGACCAAUGCAUGCAUUGUGUGCUGCACAGUACCUUUCAAUUCAGUUUGCAGAAAGUCUGUAUCAUCUUUGUGUUUCUUUGGUUUCUCCUGUUUAUUAGAUUGGGUUUAAAACUACUUUGCAUGCAUCUGGAGAUUGCAGAAGUCUGUCUGUAUCCUCUCUUUGUGAUUCUCAUGGACAGUUUGAUUAAAUUGAACUUCCUUUUUUUUUUUUUGGCAUCCAUCUUGUUGUCUGGCUGAGUUCAUGCAUUGUUUUCGUAUAUAUCUGCAGAUGAUUAAUGAUGUUUGUUUGUGAUAAGUUUGAUGUAAUAUUGUAAGUCAGAUCUGAAAUAACAUCCACG